CAAGUGGUUGAUGAUUGGAUAGACUCUUACAAGGAUAACCGUGAUGGAGCACUACUACAGCUUAUGCAGUUCUUCAUCAAUGCUGCUGGUUGCAAGGGCAAGAUUACACCACAUAUGCAAGCUACCAUGGAACAUGCUGAGAUCAUCAGGCGAAUGACAGAGGAAUUUGAGGAGGAAAGCGGUGAGUAUCCAUUAAUCCAGAGCGGUCAGCAGUGGAAGAAAUUUCGCAGUAACUUCUGCGAGUUUGUGCAGCUUUUGGUGAAACAGUGUCAGUACUCCAUUAUCUAUGACCAGUACCUUAUGGACAACGUCAUCUCUCUCCUCACCGGCCUCUCUGACUCUCAAGUCAGAGCUUUCCGACACACAGCAACACUCGCAGCCAUGAAACUGAUGACAGCAUUGGUGGAUGUUGCUCUGACGGUGUCUGUCAACCUUGAUAACACCCAGCGCCAGUAUGAGUCAGAGAGACAGAAGUCUCGUGAGAAACGUGCAUCUGACCGUCUUGAGUCAUUGAUGUCAAAAAGACAAGAACUGGAAGAGAACAUGGAUGAAAUCAAGAAUAUGCUCACGUACAUGUUCAAGUCUGUCUUUGUACAUAGAUACAGGGACACGCUGCCUGAAAUCCGCUCUAUCUGUAUGGCAGAAAUUGGCUUGUGGAUGAAGAAAUUCCACCAAAACUUUUUGGAUGACUCGUACCUGAAAUACAUUGGUUGGACACUCCAUGAUAAAGUAGGUGAUGUGCGACUGAAAUGCUUACAAGCCCUCCAGCCCUUGUACGCCAGUGAAGAACUCAAAGGGAAGCUGGAACUCUUCACUAGCAAGUUCAAAGACCGUAUUGUGGCUAUGACUCUGGACAAGGAAUAUGAUGUUGCUGUUCAGGCUGUGAAACUGGUGAUCUCUAUUCUCAAAUAUCAUAGGGAUAUUUUGACAGACAAAGACUGUGAACAUGUGUAUGAACUUGUGUACUCUUCCCAUCGUGCUGUUGCACAGGCAGCUGGAGAGUUCUUGAAUGAACGUCUUUUCAUUCCUGAUGAUGAGGCUGUUGCUGCUCUGAGAACAAAGCGUGGCAAGAAGCGUAGACCUAACACUCCCCUCAUCAGAGAUUUAGUCCAAUUCUUCAUUGAGUCUGAGUUACAUGAGCAUGGAGCAUAUUUGGUGGAUUCUCUUAUUGAAAGCAAUGACAUGAUGAAGGACUGGGAGUGCAUGACAGAUCUCCUCCUGGAAGAACCUGGGCCCAUGGAAGAACCUUUGGAUGAUCGUCAAGAGACCAGCCUUAUAGAAAUCAUGGUGUGCUGCAUCAAGCAAGGAGCCACAGGGGAACCUCCUGUUGGUAGAGGCCCAACAAGAAAACAAAUACUAUCAGCCAAAGAGGUAAAACAAGUGAAUGAUGACAGGGCAAAGUUAACAGAACACUUGAUCCCAACAUUACCACAACUUCUGCAUAAAUAUUUGGCUGAUCCAGAGAAGGUAGCCAAUCUCCUCCUCAUCCCUCAGUACUUUGACUUGGAAAUAUACACUACAAGCAGACAAGAGAAGAAUUUAGACUUGCUCCUGAAGCUUAUUCAAGAGGUGGCUGAUAAGCACAGUGACACUGAUGUAUUGGAAACAGCAGCAAAGACCUUAGAGAUCCUGUGUAAUGAUGACUACACUAUCUACUCCCGGUGUGACAUUGCAAGGUCAUCUCUCUUAGAUAUGGUGGUCAACAAGUACAAAGAAGCUAAUGAUGAAUACCUCACCCUUAUUGAUGGUGAGGAAGAACCUGAUGAAGAUGAAACCUUUGCCUUGGUAUCAUCUGUGAAGAAAGUGUCCAUCUUUUAUUCCUGCCACAACAUGGGGCCAUGCAAUAUUUGGGAUUCACUGUACAAAAAUAUUAGUUAUGCUAUUGAUGGCAGUAAAUCUCUGCCAGAGGAGGCAAUAAAGUACUGCAUUUCUUCAUGCUUCUUUGGUGUAAUGUGGGAGUUGCACCAAAUAGAAAUGGAUAAGCGGACUAUCACCCAUGAUGCAGUUGAAGCUCUACGUACUCGUCUGCAUCUGUUCCUAGAUGCAUGCAAACACCUAUUAGCUAAUUCAAACAACCAAGUCUUCAGAGAGGAG